GUAGAGUUUACCGACUGGUGACUUUUUACCAUAUCUUGGCUUCCUCAUCUUCUAUUUUUUUCUCUGUGAUUUACCCGGGAAAACAGUCAAAAUUUCGCCCUCAAAAGCCGACGAGAUGACUGCAGAAACGCAGCCUAGAAAGAAGCGGCGCAUAUCCAUGUGCGUAGGAUGCGGCUCGCAGAUACAAGACCAGUAUAUAUUACGAGUUGCACCUGACUUGGAAUGGCAUGCCUCCUGUUUGAAGUGUGCCGACUGCGACCAGUACCUGGAUGAAUCGUGUACCUGUUUUGUACGGGAUGGCAAAACCUACUGCAAGAGGGAUUACGUCCGGUUGUUCGGGACAAAAUGUGCCAAAUGCUCAUUGGGAUUUAGUAAAAACGACUUUGUGAUGCGCGCUAAGAACAAAAUUUACCACAUCGAGUGUUUUCGAUGUACGGCAUGUAGUCGACAGCUUAUACCCGGCGACGAAUUUGCAUUAAGGGAUGACGGACUAUUUUGUAAAGCGGACCAUGAAGUCCUUGAAAGAUCGGGCAUACUACAAAACGGCGAAGGCACGCAGCUAAACAAUAACAACAGUAACACAACAAACAACAAUAUAUGUUCUCCAAACAGCACCUCCAGUGAAGGGAAAAUAAACGGACAAGGUUUACAUACAGCAGGUCGAGCAGAGCAGGUAAUGGGGAGCAGUAAAUCGGGUGGAACUAGACCACAAAUUCACAAGCCAGAACACAAAACGACACGGGUACGGACUGUGUUGAACGAGAAACAGCUUCAUACGUUAAGGACAUGUUACAAUGCUAAUCCUCGACCAGAUGCAUUGAUGAAGGAACAACUCGUUGAAAUGACGGGACUCAGCCCUCGAGUGAUUCGAGUUUGGUUCCAGAACAAACGCUGUAAAGACAAGAAAAAAAGUAUUCUUAUGAAGCAGAUUCAGUCUCAACAAGAAAAGCCGUUUUCUAUGGGGUUCCAGAACGGUAACCGUCUACAGGGCCCUCUUCAGGGAGUUCCCAUGGUAGCGUCAAGUCCCGUUCGACACGAGAGUCAGAUCCAGCCGAACCCCGUGGAGGUACAGAGCUAUCAGCCCCCGUGGAAAGCCCUCAGCGAGUUCGCCAUGCAGAGUGACCUCGAGCACCCACCUUUCCAACAUUUGAUGAACAGUUUUGACAACUUAGAGGAUUCAGAUGAUGGCCAUGUUCACCAUGAAUAUAUUUUGGGCCACCCGGCUUAUCUGAUCGGGCACCCGCCCCGAGGGGACGACUUGCCCCACAACCACGCACCUGGCUCAGUGUCGUCAGAAUUCUCAGGCACCCCCUCGGAGCUCUCAAGCCCGAUCAGCCAGUGACACCCGGCCCGCGGGCCUUACUGAUCGCGGUGUGUCCAGACAUUGAAACCGAACGCAACAUAGUUAGAACUUCACGGAAACCGAACGGAUAUCUUCCGGAAUGAUCCAGGCAGGACAUACAUCCCCGUUCCCGAUUCAGAAUGGAUGUAGAGGCUGUCUAACAACAAUACCUGUGAUCUGGUAUUUCCAGGCAGAAUGUAUUUUCCGGAAGAAGCUCUCUACGCAUGCUAGGUUGUUUGAAGGGAAAGGGUGAAUGUGCGUUUUUGUUUUGCAGCUGGAACACUCCUGUGCUCAUAUUACUCUAACUUGUGUUGUGAAUUCAUCCUGCAUUUUGUGAGAACCACGAAUUUGCGCUGGCCUUCCCAGAUGUCACUGGGCGGGCCGCGUGCAGUAUAUCUGUAUCAUCAGUGACGAACACCUUGCUCAGUGUGACGUCACAAUGCUAAAUUAACGACGGAGUUCUGGGUUUGGCUCGCGCACCAGUUACACUUCGUAUAUCAUUAUUGUUCAGGGAUAAAAGUAAACUGAAAUUCUGUGGUCUCGCCUGUCACCCCGUCGGACGCUGCAACGUACAAUGAAGCCUGUCUAAAUUGACGCCAAAACUUGAUCAACCGACAGAACCGACAUGUUGGGCAUUGUGGCCGCAAUGUUGGGUUGAACUUACGACGACAAAGUCUCUAUGGAAAGCGACACUGGAGAUGGAAAUGCAUGGACGUGCAGUUGGUUUGCACAGGUUUCAAUGUAUAUUAUAUUAGAUGUUGGCUGCCUUGCUUGCAGCGACGCCGGCUUUCGGCUUUACAUUGUAUGUUGUUUUAUGUUUCACAGUGAGUUGUCUGAUAUUGAUGAAGUGGUACACGAAGGACAUGGCGUCUGUGAUUACGGGAAAGCUUUCACUGAAAGGGAAAAGCACAGAUAGGAAAGCCACAAAGUUGACCACUGCUGGUUUUCAGCCGUCAUGUCGUUCUCUUAACGAAUUGUCUAGUGACAUUCCCAUAACUUAACGUGGGACGGGUCUCCGAGUAAUUUAUUUUGAUGUAUGGAUGGGGAGAUUAUAACUGUUCACAUUGCAGAUAUUUUAGAAAACAAUUCCUUUGAACGACGGAAUAUUUCUCACUGAAGUAUACUCCGACCAUAAACGCGAUCCCCAGUUCACAACAUUUAAUCACGUUUUGUGCGAGAUCUUUUAAUUUAUAUAUCAUUAUAGUUUAAAUAUAUACGAAUAAAGAUAUGUGUAUAUUUGAGAUUUUAUCAAUAUAUAUAUAUGAAUGGAACUAUUUUGUGUUCCGAUUAAAUGGUGUGAUUUAUAUUUAUGUAAAUUGCAUGCUCUUUUCUCUGGUACAACUUGUACCGCCAUCCAUUUGAGCGAAAUAAAGUUUCUUUACACUCGAAUCGGUGGAUUGAAA